AUGGGUGGAUCGGGGUGGGGACGGUGGCAGCACGGAGGUCAGGGUGUGGACGGUGGCACGGAGGUCAGGUGGACUGCACGGAGGUCAGGUGUGGACGGCCGGAGGGUCAGGAGUGGGGACAGUGGCAGCACGGAGGUCAGGGUGUGGACAGUGGCAACGGAGGUCAGGGUGUGGACGGUGGCAGUACGGAGGUCAGGGUGUGGGCGGUGGCAGCACGGAGGUCAGGGUGUGGACAGUGGCAGCCGGAGGGUCAGGGUGUGGACAGUGGCAGCACGGAGGUCAGGGUGUGGUGUGGCAGCACGGAGGGUCAGGGGUGUGGACAGUGGCAGCACGGAGGUCAGGGGUGUGGACGGUGGCAGCACCGGAGGUCAGGGUGUGGACGGUGGCACGGAGGGUCAGGGUGUGGACGGUGGCAGCAUGGAAGGUCAGGGUGUGGACGGUGGCAGCACCGGAGGGUCAGGUGUGGACGGUGGCACGGAGGGUCAGGGUGUGGACGGUGGCAGCACGGAGGGUCAGGGUGUGGACGGUGGCAGCACGGAGGGUCAGUGGGGACGGUGGCAGCACGGAGGUCAGGGUGGGACAGUGGCAGCAUGGAGGUCAGGGGUGUGGACAGUGGCAGCACGGAGGGUCAAGGUGGACGGUGGCAGACACGGAGGGUCAGGGUGUGGACGGUGGCAGCACGGGGGGUCAGGGUGUGGACGGUGGCAGCACGGAGGACAGCAUACGGGUAAGGAAGAACUCCUCAAAGCUAGCACCUCUGCUCCGGGUGGCACGUUUGCUCAUUGUGGUCAGCCUGGCGGCGGUGCCUUUGAUCAACCUGACACGUCUUCACCUUGCCGGGGCCAUACUGAGCGCCGCGGCGAUGGCAACUGUCCUAUUCGCAGCGUUUUGGCAGAACUUGAUGCCAUUCUGGUGAUUUAG